AUGAAAAAUUUAACUUGGUUGGAUAUUCAUUCGAAUCAGAUUGAUUCUGAAGGAGCUCGAUUAAUUAGUCAAAUUCAACAAUUGAAAUAUCUGGAUAUUGGAUGCAAUCAAAUUGGGACGAAAGGAGCCGAAUUUAUGAGUGAAAUGAAACAAUUAACUUGCCUAAAAGUCAAUAAUAAUCAACUGAAAGAUGAGGCAAUGCAAUCAAUUGGUCAAUUGGAAAAUUUAACACAUCUUAAUGUGAAUGGAAAUGAAAUUCACUCAAAUGGUGUUGAACACAUUGUGAAUUUGAAACAAUUGACUCGACUUGAAAUGAAUUGUAAUGAAAUUAGAAAUCUUAAUCCUGAUUCGAUUAGUCAACUUUCGAAUUUGACCUAUCUUGAUAUUUACAAUAAUAAUACAGGAAAUUCGGCUGUGCAAGCAAUUACAAGUCUGAAACAAUUAACUUUCCUAAAUAUUGGUUACAAUGGAGUUACUUGGUUUGGAGCUUUCUCAUUGAGCGAAAUGAAACAAUUGAAAAAUCUUAAAAUGAAAAGCAAUUCAAUUGGAAACGAUGGACUAGAAGCUUUAAAAAGUUUAAUAUUUACACAAAUUGAAUUGUAA